CAACAAUCGAAUUCAACAAGCUUCUCAGUUUACUGCAGAUUACGUACAAGUACAUUUUGUCAUUUGAUUCCGUCGAGUAGAAACGCCAUACGUAAAUUAUCCAAUUCUAAACACAAGAAACAACUUUGGAAGUAUUGCUUGUCAUGAUUGAAAAUCUUGAAUGGAAUUCCAUUGAUGGAAUCAACAUGAUGAAUCAGAUGGAACUUGUUAAUCGUUUACUAAUUGUAUCCACAUAUGCCUUAAUGGUGUUAAUGAUUCUUAUAGCACAAAUUUUAUUCACAUUGAUUGUCAUAUUAUUCAUGUCAUUAUCUUAUCAGUCAAAUUUUUCAAUUGAGCUAUUAAUACAGACAACGGUUACUGGUUUAUUUGUGUUGAUUGCACUUGUGAUCGCAUUAUUAAUUUGUUUUGUAAAGAAGAUAAAUGAGACAUUUCCAGAGAAUGUCACUCUUGCUAUUGCUUAUUCUGGUUGUAUGGCGUUAGCAUUAGGAAUUUGGUAUAUGCAAUUAUAUGUUCUUCUAAAAAUUGCAGCUUUUGGAAUUAGUCUGGUGUUAUUCAUAUGUGCAGUGUUGAUUGGUGCAGCGAUUAAAACAAAUUUGGCGGACAAAAUUAAAAGUCUUCUAAUAUCUGUUACAUCGAUAUUUAUUACGUUUAUAAUAGCUGCAAUCGCAUUCAUCUUUUCAGGAAUCAAGGUAAUAGCUCUGGCUUUCUACAUAGCUGCAGUAACAUUUUCAUUCAUUUGCAUGUAAAUUGGAUAUGUCAGUCAGUCAGUCAGUAACGACGUCCAACUUUGUACCUACGUAUAUCAGUUUGAAUUGCUAUGUUGCUGAGUAAUGACGUUUUUUCAUAGACCCAGCAAUGUUGGACCACCAUUGAAAACCUGUAAGCACUGUAUCAAAAUCUCCACAAUCAAUUAUUGAUAAUUAUCAUGUGCUCACUUGCAACUAUCUUCGAGAGGUGAUUCUUGGGGUUCUAGUGAGAAACUAUGACCAAUGUAGUUCAACCUUAUCGAAUUUGACGCAGUGACUCGCCAAAGAAAAUAGAAAACGGUCGCGCAAUUUGGUGAGUUGGUUGAAAUUCAACAUAGUUGGAUGCCAGCUGAAUGGUCUAGAGGUGAAGUGUUCGCCCGCGAGGUUGAAGGCACUUAGUUUGAGUCCCGCAUACGGGAUCGUGGAUGCGCACUUCUGAGAAGUCCCAUGCUAUGACGAGACUACCGUCUAGUGCUUCCAGGUUUUCAGUGGUGGUCAAACAUCGAUUGAUUCGUGAUAUCACUUAUAGGUCGAUAAACUCUGUAACUCUACAAUGAUAAAUUUAAAAAUUGUUAAAAUUACAGAACAAUGCAAAUGUUAUUAUCCAUAAUGUUACUGACAUUCGAAAAGUGUGUAUAUUGCUGUAGAAAUUUCGAGGAAAAGGAAUGAAAUGUAUUCCACAUAUAUAUAUGUCAACUCUGUCAUAGACAAUUCUUUGCAGUUCUUUCCGGUUGUUAUUCAUCCAUUUCAUGUCUACUUGCAAUUUCCGGCGCAAUGUGUACCUUCAUUUACCUCUCUUACUUUUCCAACUAAGCUUUGCCUUGUCACUCAGUUUGAUGAUUACCGAAAUGUACAUCCUAUCCACUUCCAACAUCUUUUUGGUAAUUUCAUCUUCAGCUGGAAGUUAGUUUGUCUUCUCCGAAAGUAGGCGGCUUUUGCUGAUGGUAUUCGGCCAAAGGAUAUCUAGUAUCUAGUGUAGACAAUCAUUUAUGAAUAUUCGUACUUUUUUGAUAAUGGUUGUGGUAGUUCUCUUCGUUUCAGCUCCAUACAGUAAAAAUAUCUUAAGUAUGAGUUUUGAGGAUAAAAUAUCUAUUAUUUGAAUUAAGAAAUGUGUUCCGAUGUACUGUCCUCGUAAAAGCCUUGGGCUGUGUACUUUGUAACGUAUUCUACACAUAGUGAUAUUGUU